AUGGGCGAGGAGCAGAGCACGGUGAGCAGCGGCGGGCCGCAGGAGGCGCGGGCCCCCGCGGGCGGCGCCACGGGCCCCCCCGGGCCCCCGAGGCCGCGGGCGGACAGCGCCGGGGCGCCGGGGCCGCGCGCCGCCUCCGCGGAGCCGGGCGGCGGUGGCUGCGGAAGCGACUCCGGCUGCGCGGACACCGGCUGCGCGGACACCGGCGUCCCGGCGCCCGCGAGGAGCCGGGGGGCCCCGGACGCGAGGAAGAGCCGAGCGCCCGCGCAGCCCGCGGGACUGGCACUCACGGGUCCCCUCAACCCCCGGACUUUGCAACAGCAGCUGGAAGAGGAGGAGGGAGCCGAGGGCCGGGGAGAGGGAGGGCGUGAACUGCAGGAUGUGCCCCCGGGCGAAGAGCCGGAGCCCGGGACCCGCGUAGGGGCCGCGGACGAACUGGUCCUGGACGUGCUGGGUCAGCGGCGUCCCAUCCCCGCCAAGAGACAAGUCUUUUGCUCCGUGUUCUGCGUGGAGAACGACCUGCCCGAGGCCCCCACCGCGGAGCAGCCGUCGCCGCCCGCAUCUUCACCUCGGGCUCCGCCGGUGACGAACGCCCCCAGCACCCCCACCUCCAUCCCCAGCCCCCGGCUGUCCCUCCCGACGGAUCCCCUGUCCCCCGACGGCGGCAGCAUCGAGCUGGAGUUCUACCUGGCGCCCGAGCCCUUCUCCGUGCCCAGCCUGUUGGGAGCUCCACCCUACUCCGACCUGGGUGGGGUAGGGGAUGCCUAUGUGCCCCUCAUGGUGCUGAUGUGCCGGGUGUGCCUGGAAGACAAGCCCAUCAAGCCCUUGCCCUGCUGCAAGAAGGCCGUGUGCGAGGAGUGCCUCAAAGUCUACCUGAGCUCCCAGGUACAGCUUGGCCAAGUAGAAAUCAAAUGCCCCAUCACGGAGUGUUUUGAAUUCCUGGAAGAAAGAACAAUUACCUAUAACUUAACACAUGAAGAUUCCAUCAAAUAUAAGUACUUCUUGGAACUUGGCCGUAUUGAUUCCAGCACCAAGCCAUGUCCUCAGUGCAAGCACUUUACAACCUUCAAGAAAAAAGGACAUAUUCCCACCCCUUCCAGAUCAGAAAGCAAAUACAAAAUCCAGUGCCCCACUUGCCAAUUCGUCUGGUGUUUUAAGUGCCACUCUCCUUGGCAUGAAGGUGUUAACUGCAAAGAGUACAAGAAAGGAGACAAGUUGUUGCGUCACUGGGCCAGCGAAAUUGAGCAUGGGCAGAGGAACGCCCAAAAGUGUCCAAAGUGCAAGAUCCACAUCCAGAGAACUGAAGGAUGUGACCAUAUGACCUGCUCACAAUGUAACACUAAUUUUUGUUAUCGAUGUGGGGAAAGAUACCGCCAGCUCCGGUUCUUUGGAGACCACACCUCAAACCUCAGUAUAUUUGGAUGCAAAUAUCGCUACCUCCCAGAGAGACCUCAUCUAAGGAGAUUAGUGCGAGGGUCCGUCUGUGCUGGAAAAUUAUUCGUUGCACCUCUAAUCCUGGUCUUGGGAUUAGCACUAGGGGCCAUAGCGGUUGUAAUCGGUUUAUUUGUAUUUCCUAUCUAUUGCCUUUGUAAAAAACAGAGAAAACGAUCACGGACAGGAAUGCACUGGUAAAAUGCAGAAUGGUUUCCUGUAACUAUGCCGGUCUGGGUAGGAGCCACACAGGAUGGCACACCGUCUGAGAGUCCCGUCUUGAAACACACUGUGUCCAGUCUUCCCGUGGCUCUCUACAGGCCACGGUGCCUCUAGCUCCGGUGCGCUCCCUACAUGGUAUCCUGUCCUUUCCUUAUACAGUUUGCUGCUGUUAAAAAAUGGUCACUUUCAUAGACUAUAAAUAUCUGUAUCAUAACUCCGACCUUCUUACUGGUUCUUGGAAGAAAAUAUUUUAAUUAAGAACCGUAUCCUCAGAAUUGUCUUAGCAUGACUCUCCCGAGCACUGUUUGGACUGUCUUUGUACCUGACCCCCCUUCCAGGCCCUCUUCUGAGACUUGGUAUGAAAAGUGGAAGUCAUCCCACCUGUACCAAUAAGCAAGGCCACUUUUCAGAAGAUAAUGGUCUGCCAUAUGUACCUGUUUUUAUCUGUGGCCCAAGCAAUGUAAUUCCUUCAUCCUUCAGAUGCUAUAAUUGUUAAAAAUCUCAAUGCCCAAGAGGGAACGAAUGAAACGAAACUAAUGAGAAGAAUCAUGGGUUGCUGAAGUGUAUAUGUGUGGGGGUGUGAAUGUGUGUGUAUAAUAAGUAUCUGUAUUAAAACUAGGUCCAAUAACCUUGUACUUGUCAAGUUCCAUGCUUCUACACUAUUUUUCCAGACUUUCAUAGACAUAUUUAAAGAUAAUCGUUCCUUCAUGGGCAUAUUUUGGGAAUGUACUGAAUUAAAGUCAAUGUAGACAACAGGCUACUUUGAUGUUGACCCUUUCUAUUCCUUGCUCUCUCUCUCUUUGUCUCACACACAUGCACACACACCAGAAAUUUGUGCAGUGUCACCUCGAGGAUCAUCAAAC